CCACCCACACUCGUGACUCCUCCCUCCUCCCCGCCCAGCCCCGCCGCGGCGGAGAUCCCUGCAGCAGAGCACAAUCGCGCCGCCGUUCGCCUCAUCCCGGCCUUCACCGGCCCCGUGUUCCGAAGCACCGCUAGGACGAUACAUCUACGGCUCAGCAUGAUGAUGGGUUUGCUAGCAUUUGAGAACAACCAGGGGCUAUGGAACGGCGGAUACUAUUCGCAGUUUUUCGGGAUCGGGGGAGUUAUGCUCACUGUGGCGAUUCUUUGCUUAUCCACUGGCUAUUUUGGAGGAAUCGGUGCGCCUUUUGCUCCAUAUUUUUGGCCAUAUUUGGAUCAACUUCCCAGGAAGAGAGAACGGCAAAGGCCCGUGAGAGUGUACAUGGAUGGGUGCUUUGACCUCAUGCACUACGGCCACGCAAACGCCUUGCGACAGGCCAAGCUGUUAGGAGAUCAACUGGUAGUGGGAGUUGUCAGUGAUGAGGAAAUUGUGGCGAAUAAGGGCCCGCCAGUGCUUUCCAUGGAAGAGAGGUUAACACUUGUUAGUGGAUUAAAGUGGGUGGAUGAGGUCAUUCCCAAUGCACCCUAUGAGAUUACAGAAGAAUUUAUGAAUACCCUCUUCAAUAAAUACAACAUCGAUUACAUUAUACAUGGAGAUGAUCCCUGUCUUCUACCUGAUGGAACUGAUGCUUAUGCCUUAGCAAAGAAGGCUGGACGAUACAAGCAAAUCAAGCGUACUGAAGGUGUCUCAAGCACCGAUAUAGUUGGGAGGAUAUUGCUAACAUUCAAGCAUAAAGAUGGUGUUACUGAGACUGCUGGAGCAGAAUCAAGUGACCAAAUGAAAAGUCAGCUAUCUAAUUUUCUUCCAACUUCUCGCCGAAUCAUGCAGUUUUCAAAUGGGCAGGCUCCUUCGCCAGGUGCUCGCGUCGUGUAUAUAGAUGGCGCAUUUGAUCUUUUCCAUGCUGGUCAUGUUGAGAUCCUCAGAAGUGCUAGGCAACUUGGUGACUUCCUUCUUGUGGGUGUUCAUGAUGACCAGGCCAUCAGGGAAAGAAGAGGCUGUCGUCCUAUCAUGCAUCUCCAUGAGCGUACUCUUAGUGUGCUUGCAUGUCGCUAUGUUGACGAAGUUAUAAUAGGCGCACCACGAGAAGUUUCAAGGGAUAUGAUCACUACGUUCAACAUUUCAUUGGUUGUGCAUGGGACAGUAGCCGAGGGCAGUUCUGUAGUUGAAGUUGAUCCUUAUGCCCUUCCAAAGAGUAUUGGUAUUUUCCAAACAGUCACAAGCCCCAAAACAAUAACAUCAGUUUCAGUGGCUACAAGAAUAAUUGAUAACCACGAAGCAUACAAGAAAAGAAACUUGAAAAAGAAGGCGAGUGAAGACAAGUACUACACACAAAAGGAAUAUGUCUCUGGAGACUAGUGCUGCAAAAGGAGAGAAAGGCAUGGCGCCUCCUUGUACUAAAAGUUAAUCUACAACAGAAGCUGCAACACAUACUCAGCUAUAGAGAGUAGUCAGGGAUAAUUUAGUGGCCAUUUUGCGGAGAAACUUCUUCUACUGCUGCCCUUUUUCGGCUGAAAUGUCCACUUAAUAGCAAGAAUUCACAUACAUGAUUCUUUUUCUUACCUUUUUCCCUGGAGGGAAAAUAUUCAUGGCUGAACACCUUGAGGCUUCAGCAGACCAUUGUUGUAUACUUGUAAGCUAUUCCUUAAGAGUUUGUGAAGAGAUUAUAGUUGUAUAUUUCCUAAUUGUAGCAGGCUGUACUGCCAUUAUAUAUAGUGCUGAGACGAAGAGCCUAACUACGAUCA